CGCUCUAUAACUUUUUUGGACCUUCAGUUACAUUUUCUGAAAACAGAGAAAAAGUUUUGAGUCUUUUUUGCUUCAAAUGAACCAACAAAACUGGAUGUCUAGGCAUAAAUAUUGAAAUCUUACUCCAACUUUUUGUUGUUUUGCAUUGUUUUUAUACUUUUCUGAACAAUUUUGGAAUACAAUUGCAGAGGAAUUUUCUGAGAAAUUUUGGAGCUUUUUCUGCAUAUUGGGUCUAUAAGUUCUUGUAUUUUUAACAUUUGCUUCUUAAAUUUGCAUUUGGGUUUUCAAUUUUUUUUUUUAAAUUAUCUUUUUUCUUGUAAUUUUCUCAAUGUGUCGGUGUACACAGUGUGAACACUCUACUUGAGUUCAUUCUCAUCCCAGCUUUUGUUUUUUUCUUCUUCUGAACUUCCCAAUUUUUAUUUUUUCUUUUUUUUUAAAAAAAAAUUGCUAAAUAUUACAAAAAUCUCACUCUCAUAAUCUUGAUUUUAUGUUGUGGAUUGACAAAAUUCCAAAAAAAAUUCAACCUUUUUCUAAUAAAAUGUGCCACGCCUCAUUUUUGACACCUUGGCUCCAGCUAGAGCACUUGGUGGGGUCUGGCCCCUACCCUUCACAUUAUUUUUCAUUCCCCUCAUAAAUUGAGUAAAUAUAUAUUUUAGCUUCUUUUUACUUAAGUGUUGGGCUCGGAAUAUUGUUAGAGUAGAAAAAAGAAAGAGUAAAAAUGGGGUCAAAUUUGGUGGAUGAGAUAGACUGUGGUAGCUUCUUUGACCACAUUGAUGAUUUGAUUGAUUUCCCUCUAGAGAAUGAAAGUGCUGGCCUUAGUUCUACUGAUUGCAAAGAUUUUCCCAGCAUUUGGAAUGAUCCCUUGCCGGAUUCCGACUCCCUUUUCUCCGGCAGCCACCGGAAUUCAGCCUCCGACUUCUCCGCCGAGCUCUCUGUUCCGUAUGAGGAUAUUGUCCAGCUUGAAUGGCUGUCAACAUUUGUGGAGGAUUCCUUUUCGGGCGGAGGAUUGACUCUCGGGAAAGAAAAUUUUCCUCUUUACAAAGAGACAUCCGAAGCCAAAUUCCAGACUUCGAGUCCUGUCUCCGUGCUUGAGAGCAGCAGCAGUAGCUCUUCCUCUUCUUGUUCAGUUGAAAAAACUGUUCCACUUAGUAGUCCAUGCCACCGGGGUCCACAACGUGCUCGUAGCAAGCGUCCUCGUCCUGCAACGUUUAAUCCCGCGCCAGUAAUUCAACUUAUCUCUCCAACAUCAUCCUUUACUGAGAUUCCCCAGCCAUUUGUUGCUCGAGGAAUUGCUUCAGAAUCAGAGAAUUUCGCGGAGUCUCCCAUGAAGAAGAUUCUGAAACCUGCUGUAGCAGAACAGAAGAAAAAGAAACUCAAGUUGUCGUUUCCUUCAGCUCGGGUCGAGGCAAAUCAGAAUCCGGUGGCACAGACAAUUAGGAAAUGCCAGCAUUGCGAGAUAACAAAGACUCCACAAUGGAGGGCAGGUCCAAUGGGACCAAAAACUCUGUGCAACGCGUGUGGUGUUCGUUACAAGUCAGGACGACUCUUUCCUGAAUACCGGCCUGCUGCAAGUCCUACAUUUGUUCCAUCAAUUCACUCAAACUCUCACAAGAAAGUUAUUGAAAUGAGAACCAAGUUUGUCCCGGACAACAAUGCCAACAUAGCUAGGACCGCGCCACCAGCAACAGUCACCCAACCGGAGUUCAACCCGAGUAACAAAGAGUCAGUGGAGGAAGAGAACAAGUGAAGGAAAGAAGCAGAGAACAGUUUUCCCUAGUCCAUAGUCUUUUAGCAUCUCUCUACCUUCUCAUUUCAAUGCUUAGUGUUAUUUGUGUAUUAUUUUCUUGCAUUUCUUUGUUCAUUGUUGUUUGUAUAGAGUUGUAUUGGGUAGAUAGAGAAGAAAUAGAAGAUUAUAUUUUAGGUGGUAGAGAUAAAAGUUGUGAUGAGAUGAGAGGGUGUGAGAGCAAAUAUGGAGAUUAGAUUUAAGGGCUAAGCGUUAGUGUUACUUAAGUUUCUUUUAAAGUUAAAUUAGGUUUGGGGUCAGUGUUGGUCUUUUUGUUAGAUGUUAAUGCCUUGUUUUCUUUGUCCUUUAAAUGUGAAUUCUUUUGCAGUUCA